AUGGCUACAAGAACUCCAUCAAGAGCUUAUGACUCAAUCUUAAAACUUCUACUAGUUGGUGAUUCCGGUGUGGGUAAAUCGUGUCUCCUUUUAAGAUUUGUUGAAGAUAAGUUCAAUCCAAGUUUUAUCACCACUAUUGGGAUAGAUUUCAAAAUAAGAACCAUCGAAAUCGAUGGUAAAAGAAUCAAACUACAAGUCUGGGACACUGCUGGUCAAGAACGUUUCAGAACCAUCACCACAGCCUAUUAUAGAGGAGCUACAGGUAUCAUUUUAGUUUAUGAUGUUACAGAUGAAAGAACUUUUGAAAAUGUUAGAAACUGGUUUCAAACUGUCCAUCAACAUGCAAAUGAUGAUACUCAAUUGAUUUUGGUGGGUAACAAAAACGAUGAAACAGAUUUAAGAGCCGUUUCUUUUGAACAAGGUGAAAGUUUGGCAAAAGAAUUGGGAAUCCCAUUCUUAGAAGCAAGUGCUAAAACAAAUGACAAUGUUGAUGAAUUAUUUUUCAAGUUGGCUAGAAUUAUUCAAGAAAAAAAUAAGAAUAACGAUAAUUUAAGUGCUGGUAAUAACGGGGGUAUUAAUGUUAACUCAAGAAGUGAAAAUAAAAGUGGUUGUUGUUGA